AUGGGACAGAGCUCUUCUUUCGUUUCGGCUCGUAGUGGAGCCAGUGGGGGUUUGCAACUUCCCACUUACGGACUACGUCUCGGCAAUCAGCAAGGAUUUGCGAAUGAGCAAUCAAAUCUUGACAGCCGAGGUAUCUCACAAGGAGCUGUAGCUUCUUACGGUGUCGGCGUGCCAGCACAAUCUUUCCUAUAUGGAAUUAGACAACCCCAAAAAUCUACCACCGGUAAAGAAAUCCUUGGUGAUCAUAAAAUCGACAUCAAUGUCUCGAUGGCGUUUUUGUCGGCGCUAUACUUGCAGACGAGGGAAGCAACGAUGCGUCUGGAGGAGGUCGUAGCAUUUUCAGACGCAAAUGAGAACGCGAUCGCGAAGAUGGGUCAUUAA